ACAGUAUUACUGCUGCUUUCCGCACAUUGACCAUGGACGUGAACUUCAGGAAGAUCGACGUGGACCAGUAUGAUGAGGAUGUUCUUCUAGACAGCGAGCUCUACGAAGCAGACCCAAGAGACCCUGCGCAAGUCCUAGAUGACGCGAAGCAGAAAGCGACUGCUGUACGCAGUUCAUUGUCGAAGGGAGACAUUGUUGGUGCUCUGACUCUUGUCUUGACUGAUACGCCUUACGGGCCUAACGUGGAGGAGGCAAAGAAUUUGAAUCUUCAAACGCUUGUAACUAUCCUCAACAGCACAAAGGCAACCGAAAUUCCUGGUGUUGUCCGGUCGCUGUCGCAAGAUGCGCAAGACACUCUUAUGAAGUACCUGUACAAGGGCAUGGGCUUGCCAGGAUGGGGGGACGUCAGCGGAAGCGUACUCCUGGGCUGGCACGAAAAGCUGACAGAGGUUGCGGGUACUGGUUGCAUCGUCAGGGCGAUGACGGAUAGAAGACUUGUGUAAAAAAAUAAAGGACGCUUAAUCUUGUACAAUUACUGGAAUAUUCUACCUUGCAGACGCAUAUCCCAGUCUAGUCAUCGCACAUUUAAAGUUCACCUUCAGGGCCCGCGGAAUCACAAUGACUUACGCCCGUGCUGCAC